AUGCUUGUCCUAUAUUCCGCUGAUGCAUUAAAACUUCUCUUGUUACGCUCCGGUGACGUUGAGGCGAAUCCGGGACCCAUGUCUAUCGACCAGUCCAAGCAGUUUAACGACAUGUUCAAGCUCUUGCAAGAUGUUAAUGAACGUGCGGUCAAGAUUGACCAAGGCCAAGCUAGCCUUAUUAAGUCUAUUAACAAGUUAAAGGGUAAACAAGAACCCGUCAAACUAAAGGUUACCGACAUCCAAAAUCGGCUCGAUGGAGUUAAGUGCAAAGUUGCAACACUCGAUGCAACCCGGGAAGAACUAUUGACCGCCGAGGGAUUAAUGCAGUCUGUUAUUAAGGACAACCAAAGACUGCACGAGCGCCUGGACGAUAUUGAGGACCGCUCAAGAAGGAGCAAUAUUAUCUUUCACGGUAUUGAAUAUUCCGCCUCAGAAUCUUGGGAACAGUCAAAAGUAAAAAUAUUAGAUGCGUUAUCUGCUUCACUUUGUCUGCAAGUUUCCGAUGAAGGCGUUGAACGUGCUCACAGGCUUGGUUCGUAUGCAGUCGGAAGAUGCAGACCAGUGAUUGUUAAGUUCUCUUCUUUCCAAACAAAACAAACAAUCCUACAAUCACGACCUAAGCUUAAAGCCUGCGGCAUAACCGCUAAAGAAGAUUCUUCUCCGGCUACGCGCCUAGCAAGACUGAAACUUUUUGAGUUUGGAAAAUUACAAAAGAGCGUCUUCCAACUGCGCUACAAUAAGCUUUACGUGAACAAUAAAUGUUUCAUGUAUGAAAAUGCGAACGACAGGGUGUAUGGAGUCGGAAAUUACAGAAGGCCGGACAAGACUAAUACAAAUACAAGAAGCCCUGGAGGCGAUAAUAAUCAACCUUCGUUAUCCCUCCAAAAUAACGUCGCACCAAAUUUAAGUGCCCGCGCAGCAUCUGCCCGAUCUGCCUUGCCCUAA